AUGGGUUCCGGAUCAUGUACACACACAAGUACUCAGAAUAACCCAUGGUGGAGGGUGGACUUGUUGGUGGUGUAUGACAUUAGCAAUAUAAUAAUCACUAACAGAGGCGACUGCUGUGCAGAACGGAUAAAUGGUGCUGAGAUUCACAUUGGCAACUCCUUACUUAACAACGGCAACAAUAACCCCAGCAUGCCUGCAGGUGCCUCUGUAAACUACACGUGCAAUAUGAUUGGUCGUUAUGUGAAUGUGAUCAUUCCAUAUGUUAGCAAGGUUCUCUCACUCUGUGAAGUGGAAGUCUAUGGAGUUCAAGUGCCUGUUAUCAGGAGGGCAUUUCUGAGGGUAAAAUUAAACAGCAGCGAGGAUCUUAUCAACCCUACUAUAAAGGACAAAGUUCUUCAAGAGGUGCGUGCUUGUGAGAAUGUCCACUCCGUUGUCGGUUUCUCAGUUAUGUGUAAGUUGUAG